AUGAUAUUCAACAAUCGGAUACUAUUCCUUCUAUUGGUAUUUCUAAAUUUGAUUAUUGCAAAGCAUUACAGUGCUGCUGUCCAUAAUCAUGACAAUAUUAUAUUGAUUUCAUCGGUCAUUGGUAGACAGCUAAAAUUCGAUGUUGAAGGGAUCAAGGAGUUCGUAGACGAUGAAAAUUUUGAAACAAUUAUUUGGUACAAAGGUAUUACCGAUUUAAAACCAUUGAUAUCUAAUUCAGAAUCAUCCAUAAACUCCUACGAUUUACCAGUCGAAUAUAAUGUUUCAAAUCGAUCACGAUACUCGUUAGUAAAUCAAACAAUACUUGCAAUUGAACAAACAUCAAUUGGUGACGAAGGAUUUUAUACAUUAAAGAUCAUUUCGGAGUUAAACAGCCAUCAACAAUAUAUUUAUCAUGUAGUCUUAUUCAUACAAAAUCUGUCACUUUUUCUAACUCCACCAUCGUUUCAACAAGUUAAUUAUCGUGCCGAGCAAUCAGUUAAUUUAACAUGUUCAAUUUCUUUAUAUGCCGAUCCUAAUUACAUUAAACAGAUAGGCUCUUUAUUUUCAUCGAUGUGGUAUAUGAUUAUCUAUAAUAAUGAUGCUGAUCAUUAUCAAUUACUUUCAUCAACAUCAGUUUCUUACUCAUACACAGCUUAUCUCGUCAACUAUGAACUUAAUAAAAAUGAUCAUAAUCAAACAGUGUUUUGUACACUUAUUCAACAGAAGUUAAAACCAACUGUUCUACUCAAUGCUACUCUACCCGAUGUGUUAAAUAUUCAAUAUAAAGCAUAUUUAUAUGGUAAUUAUUACUUUACACGUUCAUUUAAUAGUUAUUCAUCAAUUGAAAUUAAUUGUGAAGAAUUCUAUGGAAAUCCAAAACCAAUGUAUACACUCAUAUGGAUGUUAAAUGGAGAAAAUCGAACACUAUUAAAUAAAACACAACAUGGGAAAUAUGUUAUCGACAGCGCUACUUGGCGAAAUCGAGGUAACGAUUCUUACUACUACGAAUAG